CAACCCAACCCAAAUCACACACACAAACAUAGGCUCGAAUUAAAGAUCAAAUCGAAUUCCAAAUUCUAAGCCAAUGAGAGCCCAUCCCGUCCCCACUCUUCUCGUCUCCACCAAACUCCGCCCCUCUCACGCACCAUCACCGCUCGUCGCCACCAUGAACGAGCGUCGUCGCCGUAUAAAACCCCUCCUUGCCACCCCUCCCCCUCCAAACCCUAACCCUAACCUCAAAAACUCCACCGUCCCCUCCAUCCCCACGCGUCGAUCCCUCCCCCUCGGCGAUGGCGCCGCCCCCGCCCCCGCCCAUGGCGGAGCGUGGGAGCCCCUCCCCCUUCCCCGCUCCGAGCUCUCCCUCCCCCUCACCCUCCCCACGGGCCAAACCUUCCGGUGGCGCCGCACCUCCCCCGGCCUCUUCACCGGCGUCGUCGGCCCCCACCUCGUCUCCCUCUCCCACCUCCCCGACGACCCCCGCGGCGGCGUCGCCUUCCUCCUCCACGGCGGCGGCGGCGGCGCCGCCGCCUCCGCCGCGGCGCGCGCCGCAGUUGCCGACUACCUCAACGUCGGCGUCUCCCUCGCCGAGCUCUGGCGCGGCUUCGCGGCCGCCGAUCCGAGGUUCGCCGAACUCGCGGAGACGCUCGGCGGCGGAGCCCGAGUGCUUCGCCAGGAUCCCGUAGAGUGCCUCUUCCAAUUCCUCUGCUCCUCCAACAACAACAUCGGGAGGAUCGAGAAGAUGGUCGGGGUGUUGUCGUCGUUCGGGAACUACCUUGGAUCGGUCGGAGGAUUCGACUUCCACGAAUUCCCCUCGAUCGAUCGCCUCUCGUUGGUGUCGGAAUCGGAACUCCGAGAAACCGGAUUUGGUUAUCGGGCGAAGUACAUAGUUGGCACUGCUAAAGCUUUGUUGGCAAAGCCCGGUGGGGGCGCAGAGUGGCUUUCCUCUCUUCGCAGGUUGGAUCUCGAUGAGGUGAUCGAUGCUCUCUGUACUUUGCCUGGGGUCGGGCCAAAAGUCGCCGCUUGUGUUGCUCUUUUCUCCCUCGAUCAGCAUCACGCCAUUCCAGUUGAUACCCAUGUUUGGCAGAUUGCAACCCGAUAUUUCAUACCGGAGCUUGCGGGCAAGAGCCUGACCCCGAAGCUAUGCAGUCGAGUGGCCGACGCCUUCGUUACGAAAUUCGGGAAAUAUGCUGGGUGGGCGCAGAAUGUACUCUUCAUUGGUGAACUAUCUUCUCAAAAAGUUAUUCUCUCGUCAGCGAAUAAUACUGCUGAUAAGAAAGAAUCUACAAAGCGGAAGCGUGGGGGAAACAAUAUCGUAGUCGCUGCAGCACUAUGUGGAGAGUAAUUUAACAUUGCUGCGUAAUCUGCUGUGCAGCUGUGAUCAAUUUCAGCUUCAGCGGUUCGGUUGGCGUAAUUGCAGUUUUGGUUUUAAGGCAAGUUUCUGGAGAGUAGAAGCAUUAAUUUCACUGUCGACCACGACCACGAUGACACCAAGGAGAUCCGUGCCUAACCGUGAGCUUCAUUUUGGAUUUUUCUUCUUUUCAUGAAAGAUGACUGUGGACCUUUCCGAGGGAAAGUUGUUUGUAAGGAACUGAGCCCACAACUCGCCGGCAAAUCUCCUCAGCAUCGUCGUCGUUGGUGACAGAACAAGUGUUUCUAGUUUUACCCAACGUGGCUUAUCGUCGAAUUGCAGUUUCACCAGCUUAGCGGAAAAGCUGAUUCACGGAUGGCUCUGAAGCCCCAUAACCAAGUUAUUUUAUAGCUCAAUUGGCGAGCUGUUCUCCGAGAAACUGAGGGAGAUAUUCAUUGGCAUCUGAUUUUGUAAGCAAUUCUAGAGCUUUUAUCCAUUGAUCAGUUGAAACUAA